AUGUGGCUCAGUAUCCUGGGAGGCGCACUGUUCAAGUUCUGGGUGGCCCUGAUCAUGGUUUCUCUGGCGUCUGCAAUCGGUGCGACCAAUUGCUAUCUGCUGUCAAGGAUGUUCUUCUCCAAGUUGGUGAAGCGCAAGUUUGGGGAUCGCAUGGAAAAGUGGAACACUCAGCUAGAACGCCACAGAAACAACCUGAUGAGUUACAUCAUCCUCCUCCGCCUAGCACCCUUCCCACCCAACUGGUUCGUCAAUAUCUGUUCCCCUCACUUGAACGUUCCCCUUUGGCCAGAAUUCUUUCUCGGAACCUUGAUCGGCGUCUCUGCGCCCUCCGUCGUCCACGUCCAGGCAGGAAUGGUUCUGGAAAAGCUGGUUGAGGAUCAUUCUUCGGGAGUUGAUGUUCUUACACUCAAGAAUUUCUUGAUGUUGGGCGCAGUUGCAUUGUUGGCUGCUUUGCCGGUCUUGAUCCGAUGGGUGUUGGCGAGACAUGAGGCCAAGAAGGUCGGAAUUGAUGUUGAUGCGUUGGAUCGGGAGGAGGAAGGCGGACCUGUGCAUACGUCGAUUGCGAAUGAGGAUCCGAUUAUGGAGCCUUUGGACCCUACGGGAGUUAUUAUCCCUCCUGAGAGGCAACAUUUCUUGAGACGGACGAGUUCUGUAUCUAUUACCAAGGCCGGUCAGCAACAUUCGCCACUGACGCCUCAGUAG